CUCGGCAAAUUUUCCAAAAAUAAAUCGGGAAACCGGAAAAUGUCUGAAGAAAGGUAUUUUCCGAAUCCGUACAGUGAUUAUGAUGAGCGAGUGCAUGGAAAUAGCGACGAGUUCGUGCCCACAGCGACGAUUCAUAAACUCAUUCGACACUUCGUCGAGCUGAUACUGAACAACCCAGACAAAAACCAGCGAGAGGAUCUUUAUGUUGGUGCGGCUGGCACGGCAUUCAUGUUCUGGAAGUUGGCGAAAUCGGCAGAGACAGCACACCUCUAUCCGUGCCUGGAUCACGCUGCAAAGUACAUCCUGCAAGCGAAGACACUCGCCGGGAAGAAGGGAAACUCCCCCAAGAACUCGAUAGCAUUUCUCUGUGGCAACGCCGGAAUAGCAGCGGUAUCUGCGGCCAUUUCCCAUGCACAAGGAAACCACCAAGACGCGAGGGCAAGCGUUGGGGAGUUUUUGAAAGGCUAUCCGGCAUGCGGCCAAGCCGAGGGUUACGAUGCCGAUGAAGUGUUGGUCGGUCGUGCCGGCUAUCUGCAUGGAGCCUACUGGCUGAAUCAAGUAAUUGACCCAAAACCAAUAGAAAACACCGUCAUCAAUGAUCUCUGUAAUGUAAUUGUGAAACGCGGACGGCUGUACGCCUCUAACCAACGUGCCAGAUCGCCCCUGAUGUACGCAUACCAUGGCAAAGAGUACCUCGGUGCUGCUCACGGUGUAAGCGCUAUUUUGCAUGCCCUGCUGGAAUCACACUGGUUCAUCGCUGCCACCGAGGGCGGAAAAUUCGAAAACUGUCCACCCUCUAUGCUGGCAGACAUCCGGAAUUCGAUCGAUUUCGUGCUUUCGUUGCAAACCAGUGAUGGGAACUUUCCUACCCGUCGGGAUUCCGACAGAUGCCUAGUCCAUUGGUGCCAUGGAUGUGCUGGAAUUAUCUAUCUGCUUGCUAAAGCAUACCUGAUCUUUAAAGACGAACGAUAUUUAGAAGGCUGUCGUAGCUGUGCAAACUCCAUCUGGCAAAGGGGGUUACUACGGAAGGGGCCGGGAAUUUGUCACGGUGUGGCCGGAAAUGGGUACGCCUUUUUGCUGAUGUACAGGCUGACUGGCGAAAAGCAAUACUUGUACCGUGCUGCAAAGUUUGCGGAAUUUCUAGCCAGCAACACCUGCUCCGCUCAAUUGUUCGCUCCCGAUCGGCCGUACAGCCUGUACGAAGGGUUGGCUGGUGCGGUGUGUUUCCUGGUAGAUGUGCUGGAACCAUCAGCGGCCGCCUUUCCUUUCAUGGACGUUUUCGAAAGGAAGGUAAACUUGAAUAUUGUAUCAUGAACUAAGUAAUAUACAAGUAGUUUUAUAAUAAACAUGAAAUAUAAGGGAAAGGAGUUAUUACUUAAA